AGGCAAGUGGAGACAAGUGUCCGCAGUAAGAUCCUGUACCUUAUCCAGGCCUGGGCUCACGCCUUCCGCAAUGAGCCCAAGUACAAGGUGGUGCAGGACACCUAUCAGAUAAUGAAGGUUGAAGGUCACGUGUUCCCGGAGUUCAAAGAGAGCGAUGCCAUGUUCGCUGCAGAAAGGGCUCCAGACUGGGUCGAUGCUGAGGAGUGUCACAGAUGUCGAGUGCAGUUUGGCGUUGUGACACGGAAGCAUCAUUGCAGGGCCUGCGGGCAGAUCUUCUGCGGCAAAUGCUCCUCCAAGUAUUCCACCAUCCCCAAGUUUGGGAUUGAGAAGGAAGUGAGAGUCUGCGAGCCCUGUUAUGAGCAUCUCAACAAGAAAGCUGAGGGUAAAGCUGCUGCCACCUCCGAACUGCCGCCCGAGUACCUGACCAGCCCCCUCUCUCAGCAGUCCCAGCUGCCUCCAAAGCGUGACGAGACGGCUCUGCAAGAGGAGGAGGAGCUCCAGCUAGCUAUUGCCUUGUCUCAGUCAGAGGCCGAGGAGAAGGAGAGAAUGAGGCAGAAAACAACCUACUCCAUGUACCCGAAGGCUGAGCCCACACCCGUCACGUCGUCAGCUCCCCCGGUCAGCACGCUCUAUUCCCCACCCGUGAAUUCCUCUGCUCCCUUGGCUGAGGACAUUGAGCCGGAGCUGGCUCGGUACCUGAACCGCAACUACUGGGAGAAGAAACAAGAGGAAGUUCGCAAGAGCCCCACGCCGUCAGCACCUCUGUCCCUCACAGAGCCAGCUGCUCAGCCUGGGGAAGGCCACCCUGCCCCGCUCGGUGUUGUUGAGCAGCAGUACCAGAAUGGCGAGUCUGAGGAGAACCACGAGCAGUUCCUGAAGGCGCUGCAGAAUGCAGUCACCACGUUUGUCAACCGCAUGAAGAGCAACCACAUGCGGGGCCGCAGCAUCACCAAUGACUCUGCCGUAUUGUCCCUCUUCCAGUCCAUCAACAACAUGCACCCCCAGCUGCUGGAGCUGCUCAACCAGCUGGACGAGCGCAGGCUGUACUACGAAGGCCUGCAGGACAAACUGGCCCAGAUCCGGGAUGCGCGUGGGGCUCUGAACGCGCUGCGGGAGGAGCAUCGGGAGAAGCUGCGCCGUGCAGCGGAGGAGGCAGAGCGCCAGCGCCAGAUCCAGCUGGCCCAGAAGCUGGAGAUCAUGAGGCAGAAGAAGCAGGAGUACCUGGAGAUGCAGCGCCAGUUGGCCAUCCAGCGACUGCAGGAGCAGGAGAAGGAGAGGCAGAUGCGCCUGGAACAGCAGAAGCAGACCAUCCAGAUGAGAGCCCAGAUGCCAGCCUUCUCGCUGCCUUAUGCCCAACUCCAGGCCAUGCCCGCAGCCAGUGGAGUGAUCUACCAGCCCUCUGGGCCCACCAGCUUCCCUGGCACCUUCAGCCCGGCCGGCUCCGUGGAAGGCUCUCCCAUGCACAGCGUAUACAUGAACCAGGCAGCACAAGGGGGCACGGGGCCGUACACCGCGAUGCCCGUCACAGGGACAGAUCCCAGCUUGGUGAACGCCUACAUGUACCAGCCGGGGGCAGGCAGCGGGCAGGCGGCUCAGCAGGGGCAGGCAGUGCCCACCACCACCCCGGCGUACUCGUCCUACCAGCCAACUCCAACGCAGGGCUACCAGAGCGCAGCCUCGCAGUCGCAGAGCAUCCCGGCCAUCUCUCAGGCCCCCCAGUCGGGCGCCAUGGGCUACAUGGGCAGCCAGUCGGUCUCCAUGGGGUACCAGCCCUACGGCAUGCAGGGCCUCAUGUCCGCCCUGCCGGGCCAGGAAGCCGCGCUGAGCAGCCUGCCGGCCCAGCAGUCCUACCUGCCCGGGCAGCAGCCCCUCUACCAACAGAUGGCACCUGCUGGGGGGCCCCCCCAGCAGCAACAACCCCAGCCGGCGCCCGCCCCCGUGCAGCAGCCCCAGGGCAGCGGCGAGGCCCAGCUCAUCUCCUUUGACUGAUCUCUGCCGCGGGGCGCGGGGGGAUCCCCUGUAACACUACUCUUCAUCCGGAAUCACUUCUGUACUUCAGCCGCUCCUUCUGCCCUCUCGGGGCCCCCCCUGCCCCGCGUCUGUCCCUGGCCUGGGGGACGUGGGAGCACAGGGUCCCACCGUUGGCUCUGGGGACCCAGCAGCAGAGCAGCCCCCUCCCCUGGCACCCUGGGGCUGCUCUCCUGCCUCAAUCCCCCCCCCCCUUCUCCUGCCCCCCCCGCGGGACCCGGCCGUGCCGAGGCAGGCGGCUCCCUUGCCGGUGGCCAGGGCGGGUUGUGGCCGCAGGCCCCGGGGGGGAACCGCGCUCGCACCCGGCCCCCACCCCGCUCCCCGCCGCCUCGGGCAUCGCGCUGUCCGGCGCCAGCUUCGCCCUCUCCCGCCCCUGCCGAGCCCCGUUCCCCGCCAGCGCCUUCUUCCCCUCCCUGCCCGGCGCCUCUCGCCGGGCCGGGCCUGUCCCCGUCCCCGCGGCGCGGCCGCUCCCUCUACCGCUCCUCGCGGGGGGAAACCGAGCGCGAAUGGUGAUAAUAAAGUGUUGGGAACGA